ACAACGGUGAAAAGACGUUCUCUUUCCGUCUUUAUCAUCACCAUCAUUUCCAAUAUUCAAUUGCGCAGUGACAGUGGGAAGUAAGAACCUAAAGGCCCCUCAAUGCGAAAAAAUGUAAAAACAUACAUCCCUUUCUUGAGUGUAUUCUGUGUAUCAGAUAUUCGAUAUAUAUCAUCGUCGAAACAAGAACAUUAUCAUUGCGGCCGACACACACAAGAACGGUGUUCUGUCAACUAAGUAGUUAGUUCCAGUUGCACUUUGAAAAUCAGAGCAUGGCGCCUCUUUUGGAGAAGCAGGACGCAGCUAGGUGUCCGGUGAUGUCGGGGCAGAUGCAGGCGCCCGAGGGUGUGCACCUUCCGCCUCUGUCUCACUUUGACGGUGCGGGCGUCAAUGGCGACCCGUCGGACGGGGCGUGUCCGUUUUUGAAAGUUUUGCAGGAGAGAGGUAUCAUCAAUGCAGAUACUGUUUACUUGCAACAAUAUAAAUAUUCGUGAUGGACUUCGCAAAGCGGAAGUCCUUCUCGCGUUUUUGUUCUGCAAAUCAAGACAAUCAAACCAGGCUGCGUGUGCGAAGAUGAACUGUUAAAUCAACAUGAACAUUAUGAGUCUACUUCAAACGUCGUAGUAGACAAUAAAAACACUGCUCCUGAUCAGGUGAACCACUUCCAGCCGGGAUUACUUUUCAGCCGGAUCCAUACUGGGCCAACGUGCAGCGCGAUAUGGACCGCGAAACCGCAAAGGAAAAGGACGGCGGCAUGACGCUAGGGGAGUGCUUCACGGGUAUUUUCAACGGUGCUAUUCUCAAGCAACUGUGUGCCGGGGGAACUACGAGCAGUCCAAGCACGGCAGCGAUAACCGGGACGGCAGCUCCCGCACCGGCACAGUCCGACGAUGGCUGUAGCAAGGGAUGCUGCGGGGACAAGCAAUGAAAAAAAAUCUAAAGCGACCAACGAAAGACAAAGUAAAGCAAAGCAUUGCAGCAGCGACUUUUUGAACGCCGAGUGAACAACUUCAUUUCUAGUGUUUCUAACAGAACUACAUGGAUAUACUGUGUUACAGUUAAUACCGAAGAAGGAACUGUGAUUAGACCGGCUGCUGUAUUGCUGUGCUAUUAUACACAUGAUGCCGGACAACAACAAAAACUAACUAGCCAGCCACAGUUUAUUUACUUUCUGAUUUCGUGAUCUUGUGAUUGUGCAGGAAGUUCUUUCCGAUAUACACCUGAGCUUCGCCUCGUAUGAUUGAUUUACUUACCAGUAUCCCCAGCAUGUUUCGACUAGGAAAAAAUGUACAAGAGCUGCUUGCAGACGGAAGAAUGGCCGGUCGGAGUUGUACUUCUUCGUCUUUCCGCGCUAAGCAUUUUGUACGAUACGAAAUCUUCAAGUAAAGAAAUUGCUGGAGCACCUCGUGCAGCUCCUUCGAAUGCAAUGGAAUGGAAAAAUUUCGGGAAGAAAAUUAUAGCGGG